AUGGCUCUUUUCAUGAAGAAAAUCUACAAAUUCAUGAAGAAGAGACACUUUAAGGAAGGAAACAGCAAGCCGAAGCGUGAUGUGAAAAAGAAAGAUGAGAAAAAGAACAAGAAAGAACUGAAGUCUCUCAUGGAGGCUGAAAACAAAGCCAAGUGGGCCGACAGCGACUUAUAUGAUUCAUCAUCUAACGUUAGUGAUGAUGAAGAGGUAAAACAGGAAAGCAACUUGGAAGAUCCAAACGAGGAAAACUACGUCGUGUGGAAGGCGAGAGUCCACGCUCAUCUAGCUGCCAUAGAUGAUGACAUGUGGUUUAUCAUCACCAACGGUCCGAUAAAGAUUGAGAAGGCUAGAUUUGAGUGGACCAGUGACGAUAAAAGAAAGAACAAUCUCGACAACGUAGCAAAAGACAUCCUCUACAAGACAUUGGAUCAUAGCAUGGCUGCUGCUAAGAAGAUUAGUAGCGAUGCGAUGGCUCUUUUCAUGAAGAAAAUCUACAAAUUCAUGAAGAAGAGACACUUUAAGGAAGGAAACAGCAAGCCGAAGCGUGAUGUGAAAAAGAAAGAUGAGAAAAAGAACAAGAAAGAACUGAAGUCUCUCAUGGAGGCUGAAAACAAAGCCAAGUGGGCCGACAGCGACUCAGAUGAUUCAUCAUCUAACGUUAGUGAUGAUGAAGAGGUAAAAAAGGAAAGCAACAUGGAAGAGCCAAACGACAUCUGGACAGCCGACUAG